AUGAUUGAUAUUAUUUUCUGUAUAUUUCAGACCACAACUCCACUCUUUAUUGAUGGCAAAUUCAUUGAAUCACAAACAAACGAAUGGAUUGACAUUCACGAUCCUGCUACUAAUGAAGUGGUCUCAAGGGUGCCAUGUGCAACAGAUAGCGAAAUGAACAGCGCUGUUGCUGCUGCCGACAGAGCAUUUCAGUCUUGGAAGGAAACAUCAAUUUUAACACGUCAGCAAGUUAUGUUCAAAUUACAAGAUUUAAUUCGUACAAAUUCGCCUGAAAUUGCUAAAAUCAUCACGAUGGAGCAAGGCAAAACUUUAUUAGAUGCAGAAGGGGAUGUUUUUCGCGGCCUGCAGGUCGUAGAACAUGCCUGUUCGAUUACCUCAUUACAGUUAGGUGAAAGCCUUCCUUCUGUUGCGAAAGAUAUGGAUACCUAUACCUACAGAAUACCACUAGGCGUGACUGCAGGAAUAACUCCGUUUAAUUUUCCUGCUAUGAUUCCGUUGUGGAUGUUUCCAAUGGCGUUAGUUUGUGGUAACACAUCCGUGAUUAAGCCAUCUGAACGUGACCCUGGUGCUGUAAUGUUAAUGAUGAAAUUGGCUCAAGACGCUGGAAUACCAGAUGGUGCUGUUAACGUAAUUCAUGGAGCCAAGAGAGCAGUAAACUUUAUUCUUGACAACCCUGUUAUUAAAGCAGUAUCUUUUGUGGGCUCUGAUCAAGCUGGCGAGUACAUUUACGAACGAGGUUCAGCUAAUGGAAAGCGAGUACAAAGUAACAUGGGAGCUAAGAACCAUGGCGUUAUCUUGCCAGAUGCGAACAAAGAAGCAACGCUUAACGCCUUAUGCGGUGCUGCUUUUGGAGCCGCUGGACAGAGAUGUAUGGCUUUAUCAACUGCAGUUUUUGUUGGUGAAACUAAAAACUGGAUUCCUGAAUUGGUAGAGAGAGCGAAAAAACUGAAAGUUAGCGCAGGAGCUGAACCUGAAGCUGAUUUAGGCCCAUUGAUCACUCCAGAAGCCAAAGAUAGGGUUUGCAAGUUGGUUCAAAGUGGAGUCAAUGAAGGUGCUGGGCUUAUUUUGGAUGGUCGAGAUAUCUCUGUGAAAGGAUACGAAAACGGAAAUUUCGUUGGACCCACAAUAUUAACAGACGUGAAGCCGGAUAUGGAAUGUUACACGGAAGAAAUAUUUGGACCUGUUUUGGUUACAUUAAAUGUUGACACCCUCGAUGAGGCCAUUUCUCUAAUCAAUAAAAAUCCCUACGGUAACGGCACUGCUGUCUUUACGAACUCUGGAGCUGCUGCUCGUAAAUUUCAAAAUGAAGUCGACGUUGGCCAGAUCGGAAUUAACGUUCCCAUCCCGGUUCCUUUGCCUAUGUUUGCUUUUACUGGAUCAAGAGGCUCUUUCAGAGGAGACACCAACUUCUAUGGCAAAUCGGGUAUUGCAUUCUACACCCAAACGAAAACUAUCACCAGCCUUUGGAGGGAAGAAGAUGCCACCGAUAAAGUAGCCCCUACGGCUAUGCCAACAAUGAAGUAACGCUUAGAUGGCAAUAUUGUAUUUAAAUGCUGAUAACUUACUGAUUCGAAUCUUCAAAUAUGAAAAUGGUUUAAUUUUGAUCGCCUUUGUGUACGCUUGCAAUUAUGGUAAUUUCAUAUUGAGUAGAGCAAAAUAAGUGUCUACCAUACUUGCUGUUCUAAUAAAUCGCCUAUUACUAC